AUGAGAUGUGCUUUUGGAAAGGCACAGCCUAGAAAACCUGACAACAGUUGUCCCUCUGGAUCACACAGCUGCCACCGCUGCCACGGUGGUCCCUCCCCCUUGCCCGGUCAGCACGGAGGAAGGAGCCAUGGCAGGGGCCCGAGUAGGUCUCAGGAGAUCCUUCUAGGACCUUUGGAUCCUUGGAGUUGUUCUGGUACUACCAGAGGGAGGCAUAAAAACAACCUGAGUGCUGGCACUGCUAGGUGGACUGAGAAAGUGGGAAACAUGCUAAAUCCCUCUGUCUCCAGUCCUUCAUUGGUACUGGUGGGCCAAGGUGCCAUCAACACUGAAACUGCAGACAAGAACAGGAACACUAACACCAAGAGCAACAACAGUAGAGCCCCCAGUAACAGUUGGCACCAUCAUUCGGUGCAGCAAAGUGUUGUGCUUUUGGCAGUCGGUGUCUUCCUAGCCCUGGUCCUCAACUUGCUUCAGAUACAGAGGAAUGUCACCCUUUUCCCAGAAGAAGUUAUUGCCACAAUCUUUUCCUCUGCCUGGUGGGUUCCUCCAUGCUGUGGAACAGCAGCUGCUGUUGUUGGCUUGCUCUAUCCCUGUAUUGACAGUCACCUUGGAGAACCUCACAAGUUUAAGAGAGAGUGGGCCAGUGUAAUGUGCUACAUAGCAGUUUUUGUUGGUAUUAACCAUGCAAGUGCUAAACUGGAUUUUGCCAAUAAUGUUCAGCUAUCAUUGACUUUAGCAGCUCUGUCUUUGGGCCUUUGGUGGACUUUUGAUCGUUCAAGAAGUGGCCUUGGCCUUGGAAUUACAAUAGCAUUUCUAGCCACUCUGAUCACGCAGUUUCUUGUAUAUAAUGGUGUUUAUCAGUAUACAUCUCCUGAUUUUCUUUAUAUCUGUUCUUGGCUACCAUCUAUUUUUUUCUCAGGAGGUGUGACAGUAGGAAACAUAGGACGACAACUGGCUAUGGGUAUUCCUGAAAAACCACAUAGUGACUAAAGUCUUCAGACUCACAAAUGCCAAUAUCAAAGCAAAGUUGGGAAGAAAACCUGUGAUACUGGAUUGUGAUUGAAGAUUUGUUUUUUACCCUGAAGAAUCUAUUUAGAUUGGG